ACCAGCUCAAUUGGAUAAUUCUCUGACCAUAUAAUGACGCCAAUGGUGGCCAACAUCCAUGGCGUACUGUACAUCAGGGUCCCGCAUUAACCACCGUUUCGAACCAAAUGACAUCAAGUAGACCUCAUCGAGGAAUAAUGCGAGCCCCCAGAAUUAGGCAGCCAUGGCAAGCGGUGAGCAGCGGCAAUAUUCAUUCUUUCGAACCUGAGUCAGCAUGGCCCACCGACGUCAUUGCCUCUCUUUUACUGGCUAUACUCAAUCGGAUUAGUACCUGUAGUACUACACUUGGGCUACUCCAGCUUCUGUCAUCCAUGUUUCUCUCUAGCCUAAAACCUUAUGUACAGUUGAAUGUAUAGAGAACGACUGAUAUCCAGCAAUCGCCAUGAUUCGCUGAAGUACGUGUGCAGCAGUGCGA